GUUACGUUUGUAAACUAUAGAUGGCGUAUAAAAUAUUAUAAUUGACAACUGUCAAAAACAAAAAGUUAACCUAAAAUGUAAACCAUAGAUAAUAAACAAAAUUAGUGCAAAAUGAGGAAUGUAUUCUUCCUUCCCGAAUUAGAUAAGCUAAUUAAUUUUCCUAAUGCAAACCAAGAAAAAGUUGUGGUUAUUUCUAUCCUUGGAAAAAGCGCUUACAACGCUUUAGCACUAAAAACCAAAUGUAUCGGCAAAUCGUUUACAUCGUUUAGUAAAAAAAACAAUGAGUGUUCUAUUGAAGGAUGGUAUGACGAGGAAAAUCAAAUAAUCUAUCUCCACUUGCGUUCUUUAUUGGACACAGAUUGUCUAAUAGAAAAUUAUGAAAAAAUCAAGAGAAAGGUGGAAGAAGAAAAAAAUUGCAAUGAUUUUCUAGCAGUUAAUGAUGAAAUUAAAAGUUUUUUUGCCAGAUCUCUGCAUUUGUUACUUUAUAUAAGCCAUAUUGUUAUUCUUUCACAUCCGGGCAAUACUUUUGAUACAAAUUAUAUUCAACAUUUUAAAGCCAUAGAGAGUUUAAGUCAAAAAUCUUAUUUAAAAGUGACUGAAGAAUUAAGAAGUUGUGAGGGUAUUAGUUCAGAAUGGGUGGAUAAUGGUAGGUUAUGUACUCCAAGGCUUAUUUUUUACUUUGAAAGGUGUUCCAAGAAUGUACAGAACAUUAAAAAGUUGGAACACAAUUUGGAGGAUAAGAUUUAUCAUAUUCUCAAGAAAACUCGAAUUGUUAACAAUUCUGGGGGAUCUUUGUUUGCCAUUCCCCUAAAUGAAGAGUUUGUAUUUGUAUCAACAGAUGGCGCUCAAGACCAAUUGGGUGACAUGGUUAGGGGAUUAAUUUUAGACUGCCAACCAGGGGGCGCUAUGCAUGUAGAGCCCCCAUUUUCAACUCUGUCAAAUGCUGAAAAAUCAUUUGAAAGAUUUUUAAGGGUUCACAUUGAUCAAGCAAAAAAUAAGGGUUUUGAGGAUGUUAUAUCUACUGGGAGACAUCAAACACAACAAUCUGCAUAUUUUGAAUUGCCAACUCUUAAACACUGGGCAUUAGUUACAUCGCGUUUGUAUAAGGUUAUUCUAGAGGAUUCUCUAGUCCCUGCACUGUGCACUGACAUGAGAUUUUCGGAGUUGAGAUGCAAAAAAGUUUUGCCUUUAGCUUUGGCAAGGUAUCAGGAAAAUUUACCGUCACAUUAUGCUAAAGCUGAACAUCUGGCAAGGCUUAGUGUGGCCCUAGCUUUAUUUAGGGCUCAAGCAAGGGGUCCAGUUUUUGACGAAUUUGUAGAGCAACUGGAACUUGACUGUCUAAAACACUGGGAAAAUGGACGGCAACAAUGCGAAGCCGCAUCUAUGACCGGAAAUCCUUGUAAACUUCCGAAACACGGUUCAGAUCAGGAACAUGUUAGCGCAUUUUUAUAUAAAGCAAUUUGCGAUUGUGGAAGAAAAGUAUUCCAAAGGGAAGAUCCGUACAGCGCCAAGCAAGCAAACUACGUGUUCUAUCAGCUUGUCAGCAAAGAAUGUCAGUGUUCCAAACUGGAAAGGAUAUCUUUUCCGAUAUUCGAACCUUCUAUAAAGGAAUAUAAAGCCGCCACUUUGGCGGAAACCGAUGAAUCUUCUCUGUCAGUUUUGUCAGAUAGAAGUGGAGAGUUAACACCAGAUAAUGAUAGAGGUUUGGUCAGGCAACCCAGCACCACGGAAUAUUUACCGGGAAUGUUGACAUUAAACUCCCCGCCCAGUUUGUUACCGGUUUUCUCCAGUUGGUCGUUGGUAUGCCUGGGCGCUUCUUCGCUGUACAGUCACAACCUGGGUUUGUCCGAAUCACACCACCCGGGUUUUUUGAGCUCCACCAACUAUUUAUUGCCCUGGGAUGUCACAGUUUAUUCAAAAGCAAAGACAAGCUGGACGAACGUCGCGACAAAAUUCACCGCCAGGGGGCGCAGAGGGCGGCCGAUGGGCGGCCAGCCUCAAUUCACGGUGAAGGUUUUCAUUGGCGUGGAGUACGAGUGUUCUUCGGGGCAUCGUUUCAUGCUGGCGGCCCCCGAUCGUGUUUUGAAAGCCACCCCUGGGAGCAUCGUCAAGGAUACCGGCACUAAAGUGGCCAAAUCCGACAUGCCGCUCUAUUAUCCUUGCGCCUGCAGGGCGGGGAAGUACGCGCAGCUAAUGAGGUUGCACGUUGUUACCCCCAAGGCGCCUGUUUAUUGCACUCUUAACCCCAAAGUUCAACCAGCGCAAGGCGCUCCGAUAUUCGUAAGCAACUUGGACGGCCCAACAAAAUUAACUCAGUCCGCUUAUUGGGUCAUGAGACUUCCCUAUGUUUACGUCGCAGACAAGGAACAUUUCCAGCAAAAUACCUCCGCCAGGUUAUUACAGGGAGUUUUUGGUGUAACUGAAAUGGAAUAAACCAAGAAAAUAAAAAAAUAUCGAAAAACUAA